AUGGUGAUUGCGGUGGUGAUGGUUACGGUGGUCGGGGUAGUAGCAAUAUGUUUCGGUGGUGAUGAUGGUGAUGGUUGUAGUAGUGACAGCGCUAUGGUUGUUGGUAUGGUGGCGACAGUUGCAGUGGUAGUGCUGGUGACGACAUGGCGAUGGUGGUUGCGAAUUGCGAUGAUGGUGAUGGUUGCAGCGCAUGGUGGUGAUGGUAAUUAUAGUGUACUAGAGUAA